GUGAUGAUAGAACUAAAGUAAGGCGCAAAAGCAAGACGAAAGAAAGAAUGACAGGAAUUACCAAGGACACUACCAAUUUCCGAGAUGAAAAUCUAACUCCAGUUCGUGGAAGUUAUCCCACCAUGUUUUCUUCAGCACCGCGCGUCGACUGCGCUCAGUUUGACGAGAAAUUGCAGUGCUACUCCUUCCAACCUCCAAAGAACGCUCUUCCAAGGAUAUAAUUUAUUUAUAGACUAUUAUCUGCAAUGAAGUACAUCUUGGUUACUGGUGGUGUAAUAUCGGGUAUAGGGAAAGGAGUCAUUGCAUCCAGUAUUGGAACUAUUCUGAAGCACUGUGGGCUACAUGUCACUUCAAUAAAAAUUGACCCCUACAUCAAUAUUGAUGCUGGAACCUUUUCCCCUUACGAACAUGGAGAGGUCUUCGUCCUGGAUGAUGGAGGGGAAGUGGAUCUCGACUUAGGCAAUUAUGAACGGUUUCUUGAUGUCACUUUGCACCGUGAUAACAAUAUAACAACUGGGAAGAUCUAUCAAUCUGUUAUCAAUAAAGAAAGACGAGGAGACUACUUGGGGAAAACGGUUCAGGUUGUGCCCCAUGUAACAGAUGCCAUACAAGAAUGGGUAGAAACUGUAGCCCUACGGCCUGUUGACGGUGACCAAGCUGAUCCUGAAGUUUGUAUUAUUGAACUUGGUGGGACAAUUGGUGACAUAGAGGGUAUGCCUUUUGUUGAGGCUUUUCGACAGUUUCAGUUUAGAGUUAAGAGGGAGAAUAUUUGUGUGGUCCAUGUCUCUCUAGUGCCACAACCUUCAUCCACUGGGGAACACAAGACCAAACCUACUCAAGCUAGUGUAAGAGAACUGAGAGGACUGGGUCUGGUCCCAGAUUUCAUAGUCUGUCGCUCUGAAAAACCAAUUGAUGAAGCUGUGAAGCACAAGAUAUCUAACUUUUGUCAUGUUGUCCCAGAACAGGUUAUAUGUUUGCAUGAUGCUCACAGUAUAUAUGCUGUGCCACUUAUGCUGGAAGAACAGCAGCUCUCACACUUGCUGAGUGAUAGACUUAGUCUGAAUUUGGAUACUCAUCGCCCUAAAAAUUUCAUGAAGAAGUGGCGGGAUUUAUCUACAAAGCAUGAGUACAUGCACAAUAGUGUCAUCAUUGCGUUGGUAGGCAAGUACACACAACUAGAAGAUUCUUAUGCUUCAGUGAUAAAAGCAUUACAACAUGCUGCUCUUGCGUGCAACCGUAAGCUCGACCUUAAAUGUAUAGAAGCAGAAGAUUUAGAAGAGGAGAGCAAGGCUACUCGCCCUGUGAAAUAUUAUGAAGCUUGGCAGAACGUUUGCAAAUCCAAUGGUAUUAUAGUUCCUGGUGGCUUUGGUCAGAGAGGCCUUGAAGGGAAAGUGAGUGUAUGUAAAUGGGCAAGGACAAUGAAGAGACCUCUACUUGGUGUCUGCCUAGGAUUACAAGCUUCUGUUAUUGAAUUUGCAAGGAACGUCUUAGCACUUGCAGAUGCUAAUAGCCAAGAGGUUGCCCCUGAGGGUCAAUGCCAUGUAAUCAUUGAAAUGCCAGAACAUAAUCCUGGUCAGUUGGGUGGAACUAUGAGAUUAGGCAAAAGACAGACACUAUUUAAAACUCACGAUUCUAAGAUCAGGCAGCUCUACGGUAAUGUUGAUUACGUAGAAGAACGUCAUCGACACAGGUAUGAAGUCAACCCCAAGUAUGUAAAUGAUUUUGAAGCGGCCGGUAUGAAAUUUGUUGGCCAAGAUGUGGAUGGCGAAAGAAUGGAAAUCAUGGAAUUAUCAGAUCAUCCAUACUAUGUGGCAUGUCAGUAUCAUCCAGAAUAUCUCACAAGGCCGCUGAAGCCAUCACCACCUUAUCUUGGUCUAAUACUAGCAGCGUGUGGCAAACUUGACCAGUAUUUAUCAAGAGGUUGUCGCAUGUCUCCAACUGAUUCACCAGAGUCUUCAGAUGAGGAAUUGCCAAUGCCACCCCACUUGUUAGUGAAUCAGACUGACAAACCUAGCAUCUCCCCUUCAGCAAGACGAUCACCGCCUAUUUCCUCUCCUAGGACUCCAUUGGAUAGUCCUUUAGAAGCUUCUGGUUUUGAUACUGAUGCCAAAAAUUGAAGCAGCGUUGGUAUUUACUUGACUAGGUUCUUGUGUUGGUGUAGAGAUCUCAGUUCAUGGUAGUAUGUUUAAUCUUAUAGGCUAAUGUAAUGAGGUUAUUGAAUGGUGUAGUAUAUAAAUACAUGAGCUUCUUAGUUUCGUUCAAAGUGCCAAUUAAUCACUAGUAGUGUAGUUUCAGUGGGAUGUCUUUACAAAUCUCAAAUAAUAUACAUUUGGAAUUGUAAUUUUAGGUGUGUAUUAUUUUCAAGACCAUCAAAAAGGCCGAGAAGUAACAGGACUAAUGAACUUAAUUUCUAUCUUUUUUUUUUGUUUUUUUUUUGUUUUUGACGUACAGUUAACUCUACAUCUCUACGUCCGGCUUUGUUAUGCUCUCUAAAGCUGCCAAUUUUGCACAAGAUAUUUUUGAAACUGUGUUCAUAUGAUUUAACUGCAGUUUGUAUGUUGGAAGGAUAUUUAUUCUAACUAGGAGUAGGUGAGGGUUAAGCAAUGCAGUUCAUCUCAGUUUUUACUAUACAGUACCGUAUUCUGUAAUUAAUUUAAGAUCAUCCUACAUGCAUGUGCAAUGCUAUUUAAUCACAAUAUGUAGGACAGGUUGUGUGGUAAAUUGA